AUGCUCAGAAGACAUGGUGAAAUCUAUUUGAGAUGGAAUGACUUCAAUGCAAUCGCUCCAACAUUGAAUGCUCCAGCUCAAACUGAAGCUGUUGCAAGAGAAACAGAGAUGGCCCAAAACAAGAUUCUCUAUUCUGCAAAGCUCGACAAGAAAAUGCAAAGAUCAAAGGUUGUAAAACAUCUGUUUGCAACAAAAGAUGAAAACGAUGGGAAGACAAGAUUGUCAUUCAAAGAUGCCAACGAAAGACCGAUUGACUAUGUCCAAGCUUCUGGAAUGAAGUGUUCAGAAGACAUGGUGAAAUCGAUUCGAGAUGGAAAGUCAAUCGACUUUGAUUCAAUCGCACCAAAGUUGGAUGCUCCAGUUCAAACGGAAGUUGUUGCAAGAGAAACAGAGAUGACUCAAAAGAAGAUUCUCUAUUCUGCAAAACUAACCAAUCAUAUGAACAGAGCAGCGUAUUUCAAAACAAACAAGAGAACUGUGAAAUCAAACAUCAUGCUUAAGUUUGUGGCAAAAGAGAUGGAUAUCAAGCUUAGAGGUGAAGCCGAUUUCACGACUACUCUUGAAGAUCCAAUCGAACUCUUGAAACGUAUUGAACGAUUCAUGAAGAAGAGUGCUGAUGCUGAGUAUGACUUCUUAGAUUUCUGGGAAGCCAAUCAAAAGUUCGUUGCUAUGAAGCAAGGAACAACAGAAAACUUGCACCGAUACUGCUGCUAA